CAGCUUUUGAUCUGCUGACCGACGCACUUGGUGCGCGGCCGAGCGUUCAAGCACACCAAAAGCAGCCUGUCGACGCCCUCAAAGCCCUAAGACAGCAAGUUGCCCAGCUGCUCGCUUGCUGGACCGGAGAGCGCGUUUAAAGCGGUAAGCGUGCUCUGGCGCCAAUUAUCCCGGCAGCGCCCGCCGCCGCGCCAAACCGCGCGAAAAGCGCCGGGAGGUCAUAUUGCGCCAGCCACGCAAUCAAAAAGCGUCGCCGCGCCGCACCCACUCAAAAUAAUGGCGGGAACGUCCUCCCGCCUCGCGCGCCGCUCGCUCAGCCAGACCUUCUACCGCCGCCCGCUGCCGCGCCACCUGCCCGCGCUCUCGAGCCCCGCGGGCCGCGUGUUGUUCAAGGAGGCGCUCGCGUCGAACGGCCUCAAGAGCUACUUUGCUUUGGCUGAGACCUACGAGACCCAGUCCGAGCCGUCCUUCUGCGGCAUCACGACGUUGUCAAUGUCGCUCAAUGCGUUAGGCGUGGACCCUCGACGGAGAUGGAAGGGCGUCUGGAGGUGGUACACCGAUGCUAUGUUGGAGUCCCACGUCCCUUUGGAAACUUUUGAACGCGACGGCAUGUCUUUUGAUGAAUUUGCUGGUGUCGCUAGAUGGAACGGCGCCGAAGCGAGGCCAAUACGCGCCGGCGAGUCUGAUAUAGAAACGUUUCGCGAGGCCGUCGAGAAGGCGUGCGUCGGCGAGGACGAGUCGGACGGGGAGUUGGAAGAUGGUGUUUUAGUUGCGAGCUACAAUAGAAGUGUCCUGGGCCAGACGGGCGAGGGCCACUUCUCGCCGGUCGCCGGGCUCGCGCCGUCGUCGGACAUGGUCCUGGUGCUGGAUACGGCGCGCUUCAAGUACCCGCCCCACUGGGUGCCGACUCAACUGUUGUGGGAGGCCAUGGCCGACAUCAACCCCUGGAACGGCAAGAGUCGCGGAUAUGUCUCCUUGAACGUGCCGUCGAAGAAGGAUGAUGAAACUCUCGAGUGCCCGACGAAAGUGUUGGCCUGGGCGCCGGACCACGCUUCUCCAAAAAUGCCGCGGGAGGCGCUGCGGGGCGAAGCUUCGCGCGUGGCGUACUCGCUCGGGUAAGUAAGUCUUUUGUUUU